AAGAAAUUCUAUCACACCCUUCCUACUUUCUCCUUACAUAUGUUCAAGACUUGUAACAACAUAGCAUAGAAAUUCUUUACCAAUAUAUUUAGUAUUCAAUCAAAAUGACCAAUGUGGUGGAAGUGAAAGUUGGUUUACAUUGUGAUGAGUGUAUCAAGAAAAUUCUCAAGGCCAUCAAGAAGAUUGAAGAUAUAGAGACAUACAACGUGGACAAACAAUUGAACAAGGUCAUUGUUACUGGCAAUGUUACCAAUGAAGAAGUGAUUGGAGUUCUUCAUAAGGCUGGCAAGAAUGCAACUGUGUGGGAAAAUGUUCAAUGUUGAAACCAUAAGUUCAUUUUAAGUAACUACAUUAAGGUUUCUUUACCAUAUAAGAAACAUAUACAACGAUGCAUGAUGUGAAGUUCUGUCAUCUAUGUAAGUUUGAAGAGGCAUAAUUAUAUAUUCACUCUACUCAGUUUUGUAAUUUUGUCCUUUGAAUAAAAAACAUAUGAUAGGGAGCUAA